UCACCCCCUCUACAGUCUACCCCCAACCCAUUCGCAUAUAUUGCUUUUAUUACCCACUCUAAAAUAUCUUCUAAACUCGUCCUCAUUCAUCUUCUACUACUACUACUAGUCUAGCAUUGUAUGAGAAAAACAUAGCAAUUAGUAGAGAGAAAUUGUAGGAAGAGAAAGAGAGAGAGAGAGAGAGAGAGAGAGAGGGGAGAGGAUCAUGGCGUACCCGGAGAAGAAGAAGGGAUCGGAAAGGGAGGUGGAUCCGCGCAGUGGGUUCUGCGCGGCGAACGCGACCUUCUACAGCAAGCGGCGGCCCGUGGCGCUCCCCGCGGAGGCCGACCUCGACGUGACCACGUUCCUCGCGUCGCGGCGCCACUCGGGGACCACCGCGCUCAUCGACGCCGCCACGGGGCGCCGCGUCUCCUUCCCGGAGCUCUGGCGCUCCGUCGCCGCCGUGGCCUCGUCCCUCCGCGCCCCGCCCCUCUCCCUCCGCAAGGGCCGCGUCGUCCUCCUCCUCUCCCCCAACUCCAUCCGCUUCCCCGUCGUCGCCCUCGCCGCCAUGUCCCUCGGCGCCGUGCUCACCACCACCAACCCCCUCAACACCCCCGCCGAGAUCGCCAAGCAGGUCGCCGACGCCGCCCCCGCCGUCGCCUUCGCCCCGCGCGCCCUCGUCCCCAAGCUCCCCCCGCGCCCCGACCUCCCCAUCGUCCUCCUCGACGACUCCCGCCUCGCCGACGACGACGAUCCCCGGAUCCUCUGCACCAUCGCCGACAUGAUCGCCGCCCAUCCCGACCCCGACCCCAUUCCCCACCCGAUGCGCGAGCCCGUGCGCCAGGACGACCCCGCGACGCUGCUCUACUCCUCGGGGACGACGGGGGCGAGCAAGGGGGUGGUCGCCACCCACCGCAACCUCAUCUCCAUGGUCCAGAUCAUCGUCAACCGGUUCAACCUCGACGAAUCCUCGGGGGGCGGCGAGCCGGAGACCUUCAUCUGCACGGUCCCGAUGUUCCACGUCUACGGCCUCGCCGCGUUCGCCACGGGGCUUCUGGGGGCGGGAUCCACCAUCGUCGUGCUCUCCAAGUUCGAGAUCGGGGAGAUGCUGCGCGCGAUCGGGGCCUACGGGGCGACGUACCUCCCGCUGGUGCCGCCGAUCCUGGUGGCGAUGUUGGGGAGCGGGAGCGGGAGGGGGAAGCUGCCGCUGGGGCGGCUGCGGAGGAUACUGUCCGGGGGUGCGCCGCUGAGCAAGGAGGUGAUCGAGGGCUUCAGGGAGAAGUACCCCGGGGUCGAGAUACUGCAGGGUUACGGGCUCACGGAGAGCACGGGGAUCGGCGCGUCCACCGACUCGGCCGAGGAGAGCCGGAGGUACGGCACGGCGGGGCUGCUGUCGCCCAACACCGAGGCGCGGAUCGUCGAUCCCGACACCGGGAAACCCCUCCCCGUCAACCGCACCGGCGAGCUCUGGAUCCGCGGGCCGUACGUCAUGAAAGGGUAUUUCAAGAACGAGGAGGCCACGCGCUCGACUUUGGACUCGGAGGGGUGGCUUAGAACUGGGGAUCUCUGCUACAUAGACGAGGAUGGGUACCUCUUCGUGGUGGAUCGGCUCAAGGAGCUAAUCAAGUACAAAGGCUAUCAGGUGCCUCCUGCAGAGUUGGAGGCAUUGUUACUAACUCACCCCGAUGUUGCUGACGCUGCUGUUAUACCGUUCCCGGAUAGGGAGGCCGGGCAGGUUCCGAUGGCGUACGUGGUGAGGAAGGAGGGGAGCCAAUUGUCCGAGAGUGAGGUGAUGAAGUUUGUGGAAAAACAGGUGGCGCCUUACAAGAAGAUUCGAAAAGUGGCCUUUGUAUCGGACAUUCCGAAGAACGCAUCGGGGAAGAUUCUGAGAAAAGAUCUCAUCAAGCUCGCCACUGCCUCCAAACUCUAAUCUGGUACUCUAAUACCCUUUUGUGGGCUAUUUCUACUUGAAUAAUUUGCUGCUACGUACAAGGAAAAGGUACUGUACCUGGUAGCUCUUUGUAUGCUAGUUCAAAAGGCCAUGUGUGGAUCCGUUUUGUGAAGCGGGGGGCCAAUAAACUCUCUCCUGAUAGUCUCUGCUCAAGCUUGACCGAAAAUGAGAUACUGCGAGCAAGAGUAAGCAAAGAUGUUUUGAUUCUAGAUCUAAUUGUCCCGAAUAAAAUGACCAGUUUUUGAUGGAGAUAAUGCGCCAGUAAACAAAAGCUGAUGAUCGCAGAUGUGUAAUUUAUAGUGUAUGUUUUAAAGUUGGGCGGUCUCACGAACAUGGAUGUGAUUGUAGUCUGUAGGUGUAUCAAGCUGUACUCCUAAAUGUAGAAUUGAAGCAAUAAGCUGAAAAAUAAGUUUAAUUCUGAUCUUACCAUUAUUGCAAGCUAUUCAUAUGCUUUUCAUCUUCCUUAAAUAUGUUUAUUAUAUGACUGUAUUUUAUGCGGUAACAAUGUUGAAAUUAUUUAAGAGUCCAAAAUGCUAGAGCGGUGUCAAGUUCACGCGAAUUGGUUCAGCUUGGAAUGCCUAUAUUUUAUGCAGUAAUGAGCUAUAUCUACUUGAAUAAGUUGCUGCUAUAUACAAGGAAAAGGUACUGUACGUAGCUUUUGUAUGAUAGUUCAAAAGGUCAUGUGUGAAUCCGUUUUGUGAAGCGGGGGACCAAUUCAAACUCUCUCCUGGUAGUCUCUGCUCAAGCUUGACCGAAAAUGAGAUACUGCAAGCAAGAGUGAGCAAAGAUGUUUUGAUUUCUGGACCUAAUUAUCGUGAAUAUGAUGAUCAGCUUACAAUGGAGAUAAUGUGCCCGUAAACAAAAAGUUGAUGACCGCAGAUUUGUAUUUUACAGUGUAUGUUUUAAAGUUGCGCAGGCUCACCAAUGUGGUUGUCAUUGUAGUCUGUAGAUGUAUCAAGCUGUACUUGUAAAUGUAGAAUUGAAGCAAUAAGUUGAAGGCUAAGUCUAGUUCUGAUCUUAAUAUUAUCACGAGCUAUUCAUA